AUGGAGCCCGCGCCGGCCCGGGCCGCCGCCGCCGGCGACGCCGCCAAGCCCGGGGGCCCCGAGGCGCCGGCCCCGACGCCCGGCCCCAGCGGUGUCUUGCAGGUUUCAAAGAAGAUGGAAAGAAGGGUAUGUGCACUUUGUCCCAAAGGCCUUGAGUGUGGUGUCCUGUACUGUGCACAAUCAGAUGACAUAGCUGCUCAUGAAAACUGUUUGCUGUAUUCUUCAGCACUGGUGGAAUGUGAGGAGGAUGAGCCAAAACAAGGUUAUAGAAGUUUUGAUGUGGAAGCAGUAAAGAAAGAAAUCUUCAGAGGAAGGAGGCUGAAAUGCACAUUUUGUGAUGAAAAAGGAGCCACUGUGGGAUGUGAUAAAAAAUCCUGUUCCAAGAAUUACCACUUUUUCUGUGCCAAGAAUGACCAUGCAGUUCUACACAAUGCAUCUGGAGGAAUUUAUAAAGUGUUUUGCAAAGAACAUGCUCCAUCAAGAGAAACUCAAUCUGCUCAUUUUUCAGGAGUACAAAGGAAACGAAAGAAGAAAGAUCACUCAACAAGCAUUAAUUUACAGGUACCCAAGCUAUUAACAGAAAACAAGUCCGAAAAACAGAUGGAAGAGGAGGAUGGCAAACACACAGAUGCAAUUAUGAAAGUUGCUUUUCUCAAGAAAUGUAAGGAAGCUGGACUUAUUAAUGAUUUAUUUGAAGAAAUAUUACAAAAACUUAAUUUGAUUCAGGAAAGACUCAUGGAAGAGAAUAUUUCAGAAUCAGACUAUGAAGAAAUCGGGACUUCACUUUUUGACUGUAGAUUGUUUGAAGAUGCGUUUGUAAAUUUUCAAAAAGAAUUAGAGACUACCAUUCAGCAAUUUGAAGACAAAUGGCAGCAGACAAAGCAAGAGAUUGAGCUACUUCAGGACUUAAAACAAACUUUGAACUCUGUUCAAGAAAACAGACCAAGGUCAAAUUGUGCUUCAGGAUCUUCGUCUCCUUUAAGAGUUACCUUUUCCUAA